AAUCGUUUUCAGGCAGCAACGCACACCACCACAGAAAAUAAAAAGAAAAUUCCCGUCAGCCUGCUGCCUUUUGCAAUGCCCUCAUCACACUUUCCAGGCAUCUGAUUCCUCUGCAUUCAUAGGACCAACUGACCAAGCAGCAUGUUUUCCUCCUAUCUAUCCUUCCUAUCUUUUCCCAGCUGCUGCUGCUGCUGCCUUGCUUUGCUUCGAGUGUACUGCUGGGCUGUGGAUGCUUGUCUCCUUGUCCCAGUCGCAGCAGUCCUAUAGAUAGCUGUCGUCCCUUCACUUUGCCCUAAGUUAAGCAUUGUGUGUGCAUGUCUAUCCGUCCAUGCCUCAUCUCCUCCCCUCCUCUUCCUCUCGCUGCAUUCCUUCUCCUUGAGUCCGUGUAGAGUGAAGACAAGUCACGAGAGAGAGGAGGAGCACUGUGACUCUGUGAGAUCUUUUGGAGCUAGACUAGACUAGGCUAGGCUAGGACUAGCUAGCGGUGAGUGAACCUUUCUGGGUGGUGGUGGUGGAUAUGGAGAAGAGGGAGAAGCAGCUGAAGCCGGUGGUUGGGCGUCAGCAGCUCGCAAGGAGACACGCCAUAGGGAGUGGCUCCACCUCCUCCACCUCGUCUCCUCCUCCAACUGCUGCCGCUGGCUGUAACGGGAAGGAGAGAAAAGGUGGAGAUCAAAAGGCAGCAUUGAAGAAGAAGAAACUAAAGGCUAAGACCUUCAAGUGGAGAUCAAGCAACGGCGACAUGAACAACAAGGUAGAGGCGGGGGGAUCUGAUCAGGUCUGUGAUGAUGCAGUACUCUGCUCACUGUCUACAGCCAGCUUCGGCGGUCUGGUUAGUUGGAAAAGAGUGAGGACCCUUGGGAAGGUGACUGAGCAGUGUGAUGCUGUCGAUCCACCAGUUCCAAGAAAAUUAAGAUCAGCCAUAAACAAGCGAGCUGGUCGAUUUGCUUCUACAUCACCACGUCAUGUCAAAAAGAGGCGUCAUCUUUCGGCUAUCAGUGCUCAAAUUUCUUUUGUAGACCAGGAAACAAGAUCCAAUGGGAGCUCGUUAUUUACAGAACAAGAGGAAGCAAUUGCUGAUGUUUUGCUGUCCCUAUCUCAAGUACCCUCUCAUAGUGAGCGCACAGCCAACAAGGCUAUAGCAGAUAGUUCAAACACAAAUGUUGCUUCAACUUCUUAUUCAAAAGAAGCUACUAAGGAGGGUGACCAAACAGUCAUACUGCCAAGUGCUGCUAAUGAACUGGCUAACCAAAGUGCCUGCAUAGAUAAAGUGAUGGAACAAACCGAUCUCGUUACAAAUGUAAAUCCAGUGGCUGGCACUACAGAUCAAUCCAGCAACAAAAGCCCACCUUUGUCAGCAACUGAGCAAAUACAGGACCUUUCUAUGGGAACGGCUGUAAAUUUGCCAAGCCCAUCUAAACACACCUCCAAUAACAGCAUGCAAAAGCAGCAGAACGUGCAGUUUGAUGAUAGCAAAUGUCACCCUGCACAGAACCCAGAGACUCCUCUUUGGCUGGUAAAUCCUGAUAAAUCUGAGGGUGUGCCACAUGAGAGGGAAAAGGCGAAGAACAACAGUGCACAAGAAAUUGCACCUCUGGUCCAGACUCCAUUGCCUUCCCCAGCUGGGUACUUAAUAAAGCCCUCUUCAAGCAAACUGGCAGCUCGCGGCAAUACAAUUUCUGAAUCCACUAACUUCACCACACCUGGAAAUCAGAACAAGCAGCCUCUGGUGAAAAACGUGGGCGCGCCAAAGGCAUGGAAGAGAAGCAUCACCCAUGUGUACGUGAGCCAUGUGAUCCAGAUGCACGUGAACAAGGAGAAGGCCGCCGCGUCGUCGUCACAAAUCCAAGCGAAGCUUGAGGAGAGGCCCCUCGCCCGCUCCUCGAGGCCUCCGAGCGGUGGCUUCACCACCUCGCACAAGGCCGCCGCCGCCGCCGUGCGGGACGAGAAGUUCUACAAGGUGCACUUCGACGUGCGCGUCCCUGCUCACCAGCAGCCGUCCGCUGGCGGCAUCUGCGACGUGGGUGCCGGCCGGCAGAAGAUUGUCAGCGGUGGUUCCUGGCAGAACCUGCCCGCCACGGCGGCGUCAGCACUACCGGCGACGGCACAAGCACAGGAUGUCCAGUACCUGCAGCACCAUCAGAUGGCGCCACGGCCGCCGCCGCGGGACGCGACGCCGUACCCGUUCCCUCACCUCCCUGCUUACAGCAGGGGGACUCUGGGACACGCCGCGGCACUCCAGCAGAUGCCAGUGCCACAGCAGUACGUGUGCAGCCCGGGGUACGGCCCGCGCGCCGGCCUCGCCACCGCCGCGACCUCGUCGGCGAUGAUGAUGAAGCAGCUGCAGCAACUCAUGCCGAUGCAGCAGCAGCAGCAGAUGUGGCAGUACCAUGUCUCUCAGUACCAGCAGCCGAGGCCGGAGGCUACGCCUUCCCCGGUGUCGUCAGCGGCGGCAGCAGCAGCCUGGCAUGGCAUUUCGUCGUCACUGCGGCCGAUGGGCAUGCUUGCUCCCCCGCCGAUGCCGCCGUCGCCACGGCCGCCGCAGAUGGAGCUUUUCUGCGCGCCGUACCAAGGUGGCAGGCAGCCUCAGCAGCUGAGGUUGAUGUAGCUGGGCACCCUUCUGCUGCUGAUUAGCUUAUUGGUGCUACAUAUUCAGACGUACUAAUUUAUAGAGAAGUAUAUACUACUUAGCAGUAAAAAAAUGGGAUGUUGCAAAAAAAAAAGAGAGAUCCAUAAAAUGUUACCAGGGUUUUUAUAUGCAUGGUACCAGAGGAGACCGAAGAGGGAGGGCUCAACUGUAAUUAACAGGUUUAAUUUCUGGUGCAGUUGCAGAAUUAAUGUAGUAGUAGCCUUGGGCCUUGUUUAGUUCCCAAAAUAUUUUGCAAUCUUUUUUAUAUUUUUCA